AUGGGCGGCGACUCCCUCCACGGCACCUCUGCUGCUCAACACAACCGUGGCAACCACAUCGGGGUUGAAUCGGCCAUUGGCUUCACCGCUUUGGCCGGACAGCGGAUAGUCAGCGGCGACGGCUUUGUUUUGGCCUGCUGUCUGCGUUUCUGA